CCAUAUUGAGCAAUUUCUCAGGGAAGUGUCCCUGGGUGCUACUUGGCGACUUUUAAAAAGUGAUAUUCAGGGCGCUUGGGGGAAGAAACCCCCCGAACGCUAUUGCUUUCCAAGCAUCAAAACUUUCUGAACUUUGCCAUAGGCGUAAAAAAAGUCUGUUGUUUAGUAAUAUUUUUUAUUUGGUCGUGUGAAAUCAUGGAGUGCUGAAAAUGUCGGUGAAGACGUGUGAUUGUUGCUUUUCUACUUGCGGGUCGACCGUUUUGGUUGGUGCACACGACAAUUUUGAGGCCGGGGGACGGUUGAGGGUGGUGGUGGAUGAUAGAGGAAGAGACAUCUGCAGAAAUGGACAGGAAAAACUCGAGUCGAACAUCAUCAGUUCCGCCCAAAUCCAAUGGGUGUCAAGAACCUAAAAAAUCAGAGAAUGGCAAUGGUGGCCGGUUUACUCGCCACAAGAAGCGAGAGCCCACGGUGGCACGUCCCAGACAAGACAAUGGGGUGGUACGCAAGCCGACUCCGCAAAAGAGUCGAGCCUCGACUGAUAAGAGACCUAGAUCUAGAGGGCUUUUCGGUGAUAGGCAAAGGGAAGAGGUGAGUCCAGGUGAGGAAAGGGUUGAGUACGGCACAGCCCUGCAGAAAGGAUCCCGAAAAGGAAACCUCAACCACCUACUGAACUUCACGUACGCCCCUCGCGAUACCGGUGAUGGUGUGAGCGGGCAGGGACGAAGCUCCCAUGGAAGAUGGCCACGUAGGGGUCACUACAAAACCAAGUACAACAAGGAACAGUUCCUUCAGGCAAACUGUCAGUUUAUUGUGAGGGAAGGGGAAGACUACUCUGUACAUAGUGCUGACCCAGACAAACUAGUAGACUGGGACCUUGUCGAGCAAGUGAGAGUGUGCAGCUCAGAGUUGCCAUCCUGCCCAAUCUGUUUGUAUCCACCUGUGGCAGCUAAGAUAACGCGCUGUGGUCACAUCUACUGCUCAGCCUGUAUGCUGCACUACUUGGCCCUGGGAGAGAAGAACUGGAGAAAGUGCCCCAUCUGUUACGAGGCUAUCCACAAGGGGCAUCUGAAAAGUGUGCAGACCAAAUGUGCCCACAGCUAUAAAGUGGGUGAAGAGAUCACGUUUCAGCUGAUGAAGAAGGAAAAGGGUAGCACCAUGGCUUUGCCAAAGUCCUACUGGACACAAAGGGGUGGUAAACCUCUCUCACUUAAUGAUGAGCUGGUGAGCCUGACGACAAGCCUGGUAGUGGCCACUGAGGAGGAAGUGAGACAGCUGAUCAUAGAGCCAGAGAGACGGGCCCUGGAGAAGCAGCUAUCAGCAGACACUGAGGAAUCAGAGACCUGCUUUAUUGAAUCAGCCUUGGCUUUACUGAAGGAAAGAGUUGAUGAGCUGAAGGGAAAUAGAAUGAUCAAGGAGGAAGUAAAGAAGACUUUACAGCCCGUCUUGGAGUUCAAAGAUUCUGAUGAGGCUACCCCAGUCACUUCACCAAAGAAGGGGAUACUCAAUGAGAGCAUUGUGCAGUAUUCCGAUGCAUUCCUUGAUGAGGAAGCUGUAAAGCAAGAGGCAGAAGUGACAGGAGAGCUUCAUCAAGGGGAGGAAACCAGCGGAUCUGAGACAGUUGUACAGGAGACUGAGGAGAAUGGGAACAAUGAUGAGACACCAGGGACGAGCCCUAAUUUAGUUGCUGAAGGAUCCCCAGAGGUCACAAUGCUGAGUGGGGAGCAGUCAUUACCUGUAGAGGAGGCCCUAGAAUACCUAGCUGUAGAGGAAGAGGCCAAGCCAGAAGAGCGUCGCUCGGGGAAUACAUUCUAUUAUUUCUAUCAGGCCAAGGAUGGACAGCAUAUCUACAUCCAUGCUGUGAAUGCAAGGUGUCUGGUAAGGGAAUACGGGAGCCUGGAGAACUGCCCGGAAACUCUGACAGCCACUGUGGUGGAGAUAGAGAGCGUGUUUAUGACAGAGGAGCUGAGAAGACGGUUACGUUACCUGUGUCACCUACCCCUCACCUGUGAGUUCCAGGUGGCCGAGGUUCUCCUGAAGCCUCCUGUCGUCUCCAGAGACACGCUUAACUGCUUUGCAGGUGAAAUUGAGAGGAGGCAACGAUUGAGACAAAAGAAGACCCGAGAUGAAAGAAAACAUACGAAGAAAAUUGAAGCACAAGAAAAGCUAAAGCAUGGCUUUUAUCCAGAGUUGCGUAUCCCACUGAACAGCUCUGCACAGUUUCCUACCACCACAGGAGAGCGUGAGCUGGGAUCUAGCUCCCCCUCUUCUACAUCUUCACACUCCACACCGGUCACAAGUCCUACGAGUGCUAAAGGGUUGAAUGUAUUUGCUAGUGAGUUUGUACCAGUGGGAGGAGGAACCAGCUCCUCUAGCCCUGCCAGCUGGGGAAGAGACUCAGGCACCAGGUCCUUUGCUACGAUGCUGAAGGAAGGGAAGGCCAUGCCUAAAGUCUGGCCUAAGUCCAACACCUCGGCUGACUCUACAGUCAGACCUGGGGUUGAGAAACCUAUCCAGCGUCGUCUAGACAGCGAUGAGAGUGACCCUGAGGACAAGGUUCCCGUCCCAGAGUUCCACUCGGCUUUUGAAGAUGCCAUCCAGCAGGCAUUUGAUAACCUGUCCAAGUCAAAAGGGGUGUUAACUGAGACAGAAAAAGCCAUAGAUAAUGGGCCAGGACGGAAAAAGAAAAAGCAGAAGAAGUUAUUGUUUACAACAACCAUGACAAGAGGAAAAUAGUCUGUCUCUGUGACUG